AUGCCGUCAACAACGCAACGAGAUCCAACGUUGGCAUUAAUCACUCGUGUGCUCACCUAUUAUGGCUAUUCAAUUAUGCUCAUCUUUGGUAAUAUAGGCAACAUUUUUAAUAUCAUACUCUUUCUACAAAAGAAACUACGGAAAAUAUCGUGUAAUAAUUAUUUUUUAGUGACAGCAUUGACCAACAUCAUCGCUUUGAAUGUUGGCAUUUCAACAUUGAUUCAUGCUGAAUCAGAACCAUCAGAUAUAACAACAACAUAUUGUAAAAUCGACGGAUAUAUUAUGAACGUGUGUCUUCAAGUGUCUCGAUAUUUAAUAGUUAUUGCAUGCUUCGAUCGAUAUGCAAUGUGUUCCACUAAUGCUUUCAUUCGGAAAUUUUCUCGCGUACGCAUUGCUCGUCGAUAUGUUAUUCCUUGUGUUGUUUUUAUAUGGAUGGUUGUUCCCAUUCACGUACCUAUUUUGAUUACAGCGCAAAACAGCACGUGUACAUUCGUUGAUAAAGGAGCGUUUUAUAACAGUAUUUAUGGGCUCCUUCUAAUUGGUAUUCUUCCGCCUGUUUUAAUGUUCGUUUUUUCGUUAUUAAUAUUCCAUAAUCUUAAAUUACGACAACACCGUCGUCAGAUUCAUCCAGUGGUUACUGGACAAUUAGUUACACCAAUUCAUGAUAUGCAACGUUUGAAAACAAAAGAUCAACAAGUAUUUGCAAUGCUACUCGUUCAAGUCUUUGCAUAUGUAGCUUCAAGUACACCCUAUACGAUUACAUUGCUGUAUGUCGUGUUGAAAUCAGUAGUAACAGUGGAGGAGACGACGGUGGAUGCACCUACUACGACAUUCAUUUUAUUUGUAACCGAUAUGCUUCGUUUCGUAUGUCCAUUCACCUCAUUUUAUUUAUUUCUAUUUGUUUCUCAACUUUAUCGACGAGAAAUGGUAUUGAUCAUACGGAAAAUUCUUCACUACAGUCGUCUGUUGUUGCAUCCACCUCAUACAGAUAAUCUUGAUAGAGCUGGAUCACAACACCAUCGUUCGAGUACAUAA